AUGGACAAAGAAACAAUUGGUACGCAGUAUGAACCUGUGGCGGAGAUUGGAGAAGGUGCCUAUGGAAAAGUGUACAAGGCGAGAGAUUUGAAAAACGGGGGCAGAUUUGUCGCCCUAAAACGAGUUCGGGUCCAGACUGAGGAAGAGGGGAUGCCUCUCUCGACUAUCCGGGAGGUGGCAGUACUGAGGCAGCUUGAGGCGUUUGAGCAUCCUAAUGUUGUCAGGCUUUUUGACGUGUGUACAGUGUCUCGGACUAACCGUGAAACCAAACUCACGCUGGUCUUUGAGCAUGUGGAACAAGACCUGACCACCUACCUAGAGAAAGCACCUGACCCCGGCGUGCCGCCAGAAACUAUUAAGGAUAUGAUGUAUCAGCUGCUCCAGGGUCUGGACUUCCUGCACUCGCAUCGAGUGGUUCACCGUGACCUGAAACCCCAGAAUAUCCUGGUUACCAGCGGAGGACAGAUUAAACUCGCCGACUUCGGUCUCGCUCGCAUCUACAGCUUCCAGAUGGCGCUCACCUCUGUGGUGGUGACUCUGUGGUACCGAGCUCCAGAAGUGUUGCUGCAGUCCAGUUAUGCCACCCCGGUAGACCUGUGGAGUGUUGGCUGCAUCUUUGCUGAGAUGUUCAGAAGAAGACCUCUAUUUCGCGGUAGCUCCGAUGUUGAUCAGCUGGGGAAAAUUUUCGAUGUCGUUGGGGUACCUUCAGCAGAAGACUGGCCCCAGGAAGUGGCCCUACCACAGAGUGCCUUCAGACCACAGCCAGCUAAGCCAAUAGAAGACUUGGUUCCUGACAUAGAUGAGCAAGGGCGGGCCCUCUUAUUGCAAUUCCUUGCAUUCAACCCUUCCAGGAGGAUAUCUGCAUUCGCCGCACUUACUCACCCUUAUUUCCAGAGUGUGGACAGCCUCAGUCGAAGCGUGUACGCGGCGCAGCCCAUCCCCAGCAACAAGCCCACUAUUGAAGAGAGGACUGCCUGA